AGAUUGAACGCAGGUGGCAAACCUAUCGACGGCAAUCUUGUUCCAGGGGCAGCGGCAAAAUCCGCGGAGGAAACACAGGGAAGGGUGCGUACCGGUCAGGGACGUACAUUAGGAAGCGCAGAGACGCACAAGAACAUGAGCAGGCGGUGGCUGACCCAGUGGCUGGAAAUGGAAGGCAUCAGACAAUCGGAAAUGCUAAAUGUGAACACAUGUCGAAUACGCACAGCGCGCCAAGGUCAUCGGUGCCGUGAAAGCCAACAGGAAAGUCUAUCCGUCUGGAAUGUGAUCACCGGUGUUGUUCUCAAACAACGUGAAGGCGUCUUGAGUCGAUGCCUAGUUCCUGCCGCACGUGACCUGCAGCAUGAUGAUGGCCUCAAACGUAGCACUGACUGAUAUGGGAUAUGCAACCACGAACAUAUUUGCUGUUGAUAAUGACAUAGAAGAUGUUCAAACACAUGAAGAUCUAAGUGGCCGCUGAGCA